AUUGACAUGGGGGUUAAAAUAUAUCAACGUUUCUUUUUUCUUUCUGCUAUAAAAGUAAGGGUGUUGAUCCUAAUUGGCCAAGAAAAGGCCUAGGACCUGAAAAACUUUUCUUGUUUUGAGGCUAGAGAAGAUGGUAGUUAAAGUGUAUGGUUCAGUGCAUGCUGCUUGCCCACAAAGGGUAUUGGCUUGCCUUUUGGAGAAAGAUGUUGAAUUCGAAAUUGUUCAUGUUGAUCUUGAUUCUGGAGAGCAUAAGCGAUCUGAAUUCCUUCUCAAACAGCCAUUUGGGCAAGUCCCGGUGGUAGAGGAUGGAAAUUUUCAGCUUUUUGAAUCGAGAGCCAUAGCAAGGUACUACGCAACGAAAUAUGCAGAUCGUGGGGCAAACCUUCUAGGAACAACACUGGAAGAGAGAGCAAUAGUGGACCAAUGGCUCGAAGUAGAAGCACACAACUUCAACGAAUUGGUGUACAACCUGGUGCUUCAACUAGUGAUCUUUCCGCGAAUGGGACAGCCAGGGGACCUAAAAUUAGUCCACAACUGCGAGCAAAAAUUAGAGAAGGUGUUCGACAUCUACGAGAAGAGAUUGUCCAAGACCAAAUACCUUGCUGGAGAUUACUUCACACUUGCUGAUUUAAGCCAUUUGCCUGCCAUUAGAUACCUUGUCAAUGAUGCUGGAUUAGGGCAUUUGGUGACAGAUAGGGAGAAAGUGAACGCCUGGUGGGAGGAUAUUUCUAGCCGUCCGGCUUGGAAAAAGUUAAUGAAACUUGCUGGUUAUUAGUUUCUUUAUAAUAUGUAUUUUCUGUAUGGUGUUUCAUGGUUUGUUUGCUCUUUAGUUCUAUGAGUCUCGAAACCAAAGACUGGUAGUUAUUAAGUAUGUACUAUUCAUCGCUUUAAUGUUUAGUCCAACAAACCUUUGAUCUAAAUAAUUUUAUUUUUCUACUUCAAUCAUUUUAUUUUUUUA